ACYCGAAAAGGUCCUUCCUGCCACAUGACGUCACACGAAUUCGAUCACAUGACAGCCUCGGAGAAAAACAAAACAGGAAAUAUUUCAACCAGCGUUUUCACUUUGGGAGAGAGAAAGAUGGGGUCAGCUGUCGAGCGGACGGAUGAACAUGUCCGAGAAUACUUGAUAUAUCGCGGUUUCACCAGCACGCUGAAGCACCUAGACUCCGAUAUGAAAGCAGACAAGGAGAAAGGAUUCAGAGUGGAUAAGAUCAUUGAUCAGCUUCAGCUGUUCAUCKACACRUUUGACCUGAAUGGCCUGAAGGACUACUGGGGCUACCUGGACCGGAGGCUGUUCUGUAGYCUGGAAGAUAUCUACAGACCAACAGUCUCCAAACUACGGACCAGUCUCUUCAGAUACUACGUUGUUUACACUUUAAAAACUAGAGAAGACCACAGAGUUUCCAGCGUCAUGCUCAGGAGCUGCAGUGCCAGCAGGAUCUCUCGUGCCCAAUCUCUGCCUUACUCUCUCUCUCUCUCUCUCUCUCUCUGCCUCCAGCUAUUUUCCCUGCAGGGAGAGGCUAAACUAAAGAAGCAGGAAGAGAUGGUGCAUCACAAACUCCCCCCCUACGUACAAAACAUGGACCGCCUCGGAGACACUGAGCUGGACCUGGUGACGAGCCAGCGUAAUCCCGCCCUUAGCACCACUCCUUCCAGGAACUUCUUCUCUACAUUCCUACCCCAGGCCAGACGGGUACCUGGCAAGAUGCCUCGAGGACUUCCUGGGUCCUCGCCAACACAGGCCUCGCUGGGACGCAAGGACACCGUAGCCAAUCAAAUGCCUGAGAAGAGAGGGGAGAGUGGGGACCCAGAGGCUCACCUUGAGGGGGGGACCACCAGCAAUGACCUGAUAGACCCUCCUCCCCCCAACCAGACACAAGUGAGCGGGGAGGGACAGAGGGGUACAGGGGUGCUGGGCGUGGAACAACCCUUCAUCAAGCUCAGUCAGGAAGAGUACGGAGAGCAUCACUCCUCCAUCAUGCACUGCAGGGUGGACUGCUCAGGGAGGAGAGUAGCCAGUUUGGACGUGGACGGGGUCAUCAAGGUGUGGUCCUUCAACCCCAUCAUGCAGACCAAAGCCACCAUCAUGUCCAAGUCCCCUCUGCUGUCCCUGGAGUGGGCCACCAAGCCUGACAGACUGCUGUUACUGGGCAGUGGUGUGGGCACGGUGAGGCUGUACGACACAGAGGCCAAGAAGAACCUGUAUGAGAUGGCCAUAGAUGAGACUCAUCCACGGAUCCUGUCCCUAGCCUGUAGCCCCAGUGGGACGUCCUUUGUGUGUUCUGCAGCAGCACACGCUGGGCCUGGGCGCUCUGGGAGUGUGACAGAGACAGUACCACGUCUCCUCAAUCCCCUCUCUGUCUCUGGACAGCUGCUGCUCUGGGACACCAAGACUGUCAAACAGCAGCUUCAGUUCUCUCUGGAGCCUGGUCCAGUAGCCAUCAACUGUACAUCCUUCAACCACAACGGAAACCUACUGGUCACGGGAGCUGUUGACGGAGUAAUUAGACUGUUCGACAUGCAGCGUUAUGACUGUGCUAUGAGCUGGCUAGCCCACGAUGGUGAGGUGUACAGUGUUGAGUUCAGCUCUGAUGAGAUACGUGUUCGUCUCGGAGAGGACGGCAAGUUUAUCCAGUGGAACAUCCACCGGUGUGGAGUGAAGCAGUCAGAGAACUCCCUGCCCCAGGAUGCCACGGGGCCCUUUGUCCUGUCUGGCUACAGUGGGUACAAGCAGGUCCAGGUGCCACGUGGACGGCUGUUCGCAUUCGACUCCGAGGGACAACAUGUCCUCACCUGCUCCAACAACGGAGGACUCAUCUACAGGCUGAACAGCUCCAGUGAUAGCGGUCUGGAGAGGGUUCUACCGUUGGGGGGCCACAAGGCCCCUGUGGUCACAGUGGACUGGUGCUCUGCCAUGGACUGUGGCACCUGCCUCACCGCAUCCAUGGACGGAAAGAUCAAACUCAGCACGUUACUGGCACAGAAAUCCUGAUUGGUCGAAUUUAAAGGCCUCGAGGGAAGCAUUUUAUCGCAGCAUCACACUAUUGAAGCCGAUGUAUUCUACAGUAGCGUACGUCUUAAAUAAAUGUAAUACUUUGUACUGACCUAAGGCAGUCCACAACAUAUCACGGAUGAAACAGGGCUUCAGAAAGUCAUAAUAGGAUAUUAAUAAUUAGAAUAACAUCAACUCUUUCCUUACCUGCAAGUGGUGUUCAGUCCAUGUGAGAGACCAUGUUAUAUUUGAUGUAGUACAGAAGUUGUGCCUAUAAAAUCUGAACUGGUUGUUGUGAGAAUUUGAACCGUGAGGAAAAACUUGAGAUGCCAAUGCACCUGUCCUAGGCAGACACCACACCUGUCCUAGGGCAGACAACACCUGUCCUAGGGCAGACAACACCUGUCCUAGGGCCAACACCGUGCAGAAGUGGGACCAUUUCUUGCUUUUCUCAGUUUUGACGCAGUACUGCAACUCCUGAUCAAGGACUGUUUGUUUAAUCAUGUAUGUAUGUAUAAUCGCUUGUGGAUUAUGAAAAUAAAUAAUUUGUAGAUAGCCCUG